CGCCUCGCGAAUCACGUGUUUAAAAUGCCCAGCCACAACCAAAAUAAAAGCCGAGGUGGGCGCGUCCCAAGACAAAAGGAAGUCGGAGAGACGAAUCGAAUCGAAUACAGGGACGAAUCGGAGAGAGCUUCGAUCGGAUUUGGAGGAGAGGGAGGAGAAGGAAAAGGAGGAGAAGGGGAUUUGUUUGUUAUUGGGAUCACCGGCGAGGGAGAUGGCGGAGAUGGGACGGAAUCCUUGGGAGAGAUCGGGGGCGAAGUCGAACUUUGCGGUUGCUUGCAGUCUUCUCAGCCAGUACGUCAAGGAGAAGGGGAGAAUCGCCGAUCUCGGUCUCGGCAUGGCUCCUCGCCCUCAAGAAACCGCCAUUGGCAAAGCCGAGCCGUUUCGCCCGCCGACCACGAUAAGCUUCUUGCCGGGCGCGGACAUUUCGGGAGAUGGCGAGGGGGAAAUGACGGGCAACAACGACGUUUCCCCGGGAAACCAGCGCGCCGGGUUCGGCGACGUGGCCCGCAAGGCACCGGUUGUCAGGGAGCCAGAAAAAGCUCAGCUGACCAUCUUUUACGGUGGGAAAGUGUUGGUUUUCGACAAUUUUCCAGCCGAGAAGGCCAAGGAUCUCUUGCAGAUGGCGGGCAAGGGGAGCACCAAUGCCCAAAGCUUCGGGUAUGUGCCCUCUAUCACUAAAGCCACCGCAGCAUUGGCCCAAUCAAAUGGUCUCUGCAAGGAAAAUCCUAUGUCAGUAGUGGCUCAAGGCCAUGCUCAAAAGCCAGCCCAACCUUAUGCUUCUGAUCUCCCCAUAGCAAGAAGGGCAUCCCUCCAUCGAUUCCUUGAGAAAAGAAAAGAUCGGAUCAAUGCUAAGGCACCAUAUCAAGUAAAUGGCUCUUCAGAAAUGGUUGCUACUGUCAAGCAGGAGGAUAGCCAGUCAUGGCUUGGUUUGGGACCGCAGAUCUCACUGCCCAGCCUAAGCUUUAGCUCGGAGUGCAGCAGAUAAGAUCUGGAGAUCCAUGAUCAUGUAUUGAAUUAUUGAGAAUGAUAUUGGCAGGUGAAACUGCCGACUAUAUAUAGGUCUAACAUUCAUCUUAUGGAGGGCAUUAGGGUUUUGUUCUGCAUUUUUCUCUCCACUAUGUAAGAAAUCCUGUUGCUGUCACUGAUGUGUUAAGAGUUGAGAAUUCUUCUUAAUGUUAACAAAUGGUAGCUCAUGGCUGCAAAAUAGAAUGCAAGAAAGAAAAGAAAAGCUUAUCCAUGUAAUUAUUCAUCUUUUAAUUGGAAUGACUUGUUUUGAUCUUUA